AUGGCAUCGAGUUUGGAUUGUUCAGACACUCUGUUUCCAGCUACCGAGCAAAAUGCUGACAAUUACACGGAUGAGACAAAUAAGAACAAUGAUCAAAACAUGGUUAUUGACUAUACGCCAAAGCUUGGCAUUGAGUUUGGUUCUGAACAAGAGGCAUACGACUUUUAUAAUGAGUACGGACGAAAUUAUGGAUUUAGUAUUCGCAAAGAUUGGAGUAAUAAAAGAAAGGUAGACGGCGUGGUGACUUCAAGAAAAUUUGCAUGUUGUAAAGAGGGGUUUCGAGACGAAUUGGAGAGAGAUGGUACAAAAACAUAUGAGCGAGCUGAAACAAGGACAGGUUGCUAG